GAAGAAUUCGCUAACAUGUCGUCAGUUAAUUCAACUGAACUUAUUUAUUACCGUGACACUUAUCUCGACAAAUUAGAAGCAAUAAUUGUUGAAGUAGGAAGAGACGAAAACGGCGAUUUUAUUAUUUUCGAUAAAACCAUAUUUCACCCACAAGGAGGUGGUCAGCCUGAUGACAAAGGACAUUUUAAGUUAAAAAACAAACAAUUUGUUGUUAAGAAAUUGUGGGCUCCACGAAAUUUUAAUGAAGUGCCAUAUUUAGUAAAGCAUUAUUAUGAAAAGGAGGAACCUUUUAAUAUUGAAGAACAA